AUGCAGCCGGCAGGGGGUCGCGUGGUGGCCCCGUUCCCGCUGCUGCUGUCUCCUCGGCCCAGGGCGCUGGUUCAAGGCGACAGGGGACCGGAGGGGACCUGCACCCCCAGCAAAGAUGCACUGAGACUCACCCGCGUGUCCCUGCCCCCGGGACAGCUCUCCCGCGUGUCCCUGCCCCCGGGACAGCUCACCCCCGUGUCCCUGCCCCCGGGACAGCUCUCCCCACCAUCAUCACCACCAGCACUACAAGGAGGGGCUCCGUGCCUUGGGAUUAAAAGUCUGCCGGGGACUCCUGUUCUUCCAUUUGGGGAGUUCCGUGGCCUCCUGAUGACCCAGCCACACUCCAGACCAAACGGACCAGCACCUCGGCCGCGGUCCCGCACCAGGAUUUGUGAAGUCCGCUGGGCGUCCAGCACCGCCGGGGCUGAGAACAAGCUCAGCGACCUUGCAGGGACUUGUUCCUCCAGCGGUCAGUGUCUGGGGGCUUCUGCAGCCUGGAAGCUGCUGCGGUCCCUCGAGUCUUCAUCCCAGCCUGCCUGUGGCCUGUCGGUGUCCACCCUCUCCUCGCCGCACUGUCCUCUCCACAUGUCCCCACAUCUGAGGACCCUGGGGUAUCAUGACACGUCAGUUCUCAUUCCAGACUCUGCCCUACUUCUCCCCUGCCCUGCCCGCCGCCUCGUGGUCAUGCUCCAUCCUGGGAUGACCUUCACUGGGGGAGCCAAGCCGUCCUUCACCAGAUGCAAGACUGGGGUUCUUUGUGCCUUGUGGCACAGCCAAGCCCAGUUACAGAGGUCUGGCUGGAUCCAGGAGAAGGAGACGUGCGCAGGACCAGUCGUCAGGGAUCGAGCAACCUCCCUCGCAGGACACACGGUGUCUCUGCCCAGGAACCACCGAGAUAUUGAUGCGUGCAGGACGCUGGACUUGGUGGAGCCCACGCCUGGCUCCCCGCGGGGUCUUCACACACCCUGGUCUGAGGCCACGCCCGGCUGCGAGUUCUGGAGAAGGGCCAGAAAGCACCUGGGAGGAACCCAGGGCCAGGAACGCACCCAGGCUCAGAUCGCCGCCAGAUCCGCGGGCAUCUGA